AUGGCGGGUGAACGACUGCUCACUCUUUGCCAAACCGGCUCUGUCGAUGAAUAUUGCGACGAGUUCAUCUGCUUGGAGGUUUGGGAGCUCUCGGCGACAGCAUCACCGACCUAUCCUUCGGGUAGGCAGCCCAAAUUUACCGGCCCGACCCAACACCGCUCCUACGAGAUUUUCGCGUCGUGGACCAACAAUCCAGUAGUAGGCCACUGA